CCACCAGCAUGAGGGAUGAGUCCGACCUUGAUGUAUGCUGGAGGACAUUGGAGAGUCUGGCUAUAUAAUGGAGAGUUUCUGAAGCAGUGUCAGUCCUCUCCGACACUCGCCUCCACCACCACCAAGAUGAACGGUCUCCUUGCCAGCGGCCUCCUCGUGGCCUCCACCCUCGUCGCCGUCACCGACUCUGCUGUUGUCGUUACUGGCACUGCCGUCACGGUUGGAGCAGGAAGUGCUCUUGCUGCUGGUGCUCUUGCUGUUGGUGCCGUGGCUAUUGGGGCAAAGGUAAUCGCCCUCAAGGCCAAGCGUCUUCGCGGCAAGCGCCAGGCUCCCGAUUGCGUCUCCUUCGACAACCCUGAAACGUACUUUGCUCUGGCCGCCAACGGAGAUUUUCUGGAUUGCGGGCGCCGCUUCGUGUGCGAGCUGGAGGCCACGCCCGAGGAGAACCUGGCCAGCGAGGAGCUGCUCAUCCGUAACCUGUUCGGACGAGGCUUCAUCUCCACCAACGCAAGCGCAGGCAACUACUACGCUGAGGCCGCCGCUAUCGGAGCCGCCAACGGUGCUGGCGCCUGCGUCGACGCCUUCUCCAAGUGCCCCUUCGACCGCAAGACUCUCUUCCUGGCGUACCAGGAGGCGCAGACGGCCCAGUGAGGGCUCUGUCUUUUCUUCCAUAAAUCUCUUGGGAUGACUCCGGUGAUGGGCUGCACGUCAGACCUUGAGGACUGGUAGUGCGGCAGCCUGGCCGGGGACACCAUACUCAAUUCUCUCUCUCUCUCUCUCUCUCUCUCUCUCUCUCUCUCUCGUCAGCAUUAUGAGGCAGUACAAUAGCACGUUUUUCUCCCCUGUGUUGUAGCACACUUUCAUCGCUUGUGUAGAGAGUCAUGCACAAAUAAAAACUACGAAGAGAAACACAAA